GAGGACUGUUUGAUCUGUGCCAACAAAAUCCGCUAUGCAGCACUCACACCAUGUAACCAUACCACGUGCCAUACGUGUACGUUUCGUCAGAGAGCUCUUUAUGACAAGAAACAGUGUCUCAUUUGCCGUAGUGAAAAUGAAAAGGUGGUAUUCACAGAACAGCUAGAAAAGAACUAUGGUGACUUCGUGGCAAAAGACUUCGUUGAUUUCGACAGCAAGCGCUCCAUCGAAUUUACCCAGAACUACGUGUACACGGACACGAUGGAUCUUCUUAGCAACAAGUGUGCGAUUUGUCACGAGAGAUUCGACAACUUCAAGGGCUUAGGCGAACACGUCAAGGCCAGCCAUGGCAAGUUCCACUGUGUGAUCUGCUCCAAGUUCAAAAAAGCAUUCGUCAGCGAGCUUUCGUUGUAUACGCAUAAGGGACUCCAAAAGCAUCAGAGUGAAGGAGACGAACGCGGAUUUACAGGACAUCCAGAGUGCAAGCACUGCCACGGAAAGCGUUUCUACUCGAUCGACGAGUUGAAUAUCCAUAUCAGAGAAAAGCAUGAGAGAUGCUUCAUUUGCGACCAAUAUAACCCCAAAACUGCAGAUUACUUCAAGAACUACGACACCUUGUACAACCAUUUCAAGAGAGACCACUACGUCUGUUCCAUGCCCUUGUGUGUGGAAAAGAGAUUUGUGGUAUUCAGAGAAGACUUGGAUCUCACUGCGCACAUGUUAAAGGAGCACGGAGGGUUGGGAACAGCUGGAUCCUCGCGAGUGGUGAUUGGAUCCAAUUCCAGACAUUUCCAGUCACAGUUGUCGACUUUCCAAGAAUCCAACACCAGAAGAUUCCUUGAAAGAAACGACGAAUCAGAAGACCACAACUCCAUUGAAACCAAAAGAAAAAGAUUCGAAGAAAGAGCCAAGCAUUACUUGAACUAUGACACAGCCAAGUUCAAAGAGUUCACCAGCCUCAAUAGUGGAUUCAGAGCCAAGAAGUUUAAUGCAAGAGAAUUGUUCGAAUUCUAUGGUAAGUUAUUUGAGGGCCAAACCGAACAAGAAUUGAGACUUUUGUUUUCGGAAUUCAUAGAGUUCUUCCCCGAAAACUCCGAUCUUCACAAGGACUUGUCGCCUGUGGUAAAAGAGUUAUCAUUAAAGGCUGAUAACGAGCAAUUCCCAAUGUUGGGCAAAGGAUCCACCCCCGCUGCUGCAACCUGGCUCAGAAAUGGCAACAAAGCUAAAAGCCAGGCCGACAAAUUCCCUGCAUUAAGUAAGCCCAAGAAAGCAUCUUCAGUACCAUCCACUCCCCCCAUCAGAUACACCACCGUCAUCAAGAAGACUCCUGUGAAAAAGGUGGUGGUGAAUACCUCCCUGGCAUCUUCUGGCUAUGUUCCUGAUUAUUUGAACAAUAUGUCCAAACCUUCCACGCCCGUGUUGGGGUCGCGUAGCAGACCGCUUGCUGGGUCGAGAAAUGGCUCCUCCAGCUCGUUGGAGGCCUCCAAGUUCCCGGUAUUAGAGAAAAAGUCCACCAAAAAGGUGAUACCUCGGGUCAAACAAUACGACAUUGCCGAUCCCGAUCAGUGGGGCAGGGUGCCAGAGCCACCGACUGUGCCUGUGGAUACUGGUAUCGAAAUCACCGAUAAGCGUCAACAGAAAUUAAAGAAAAAG